CAACGCUGUUUGGUGCGGACUGGAAAAGGUCCGUUGAGACAUUGAGACAUUUCUUCAACAUCGUCUUUGCAAGGAUAUUACACCUAUCAUCUCUUCCAUGCUGACAUGGUAUGGGGUGAUUGAUUACCUACAUCAGACCCAGAUACCCCGGCGAAUCCCAGAGUGAAGACUGGCUACUCCCGUGCCGUUACGAUUGAAAGAUUGCAUCGAAGCAAAUUCCUUCUUCCUACCUCUUCUUAUUCUCAGUUCUGCCACGGGAGUCGAUUUCGCUCUGUCGGCUUUGGAAGUUGUACCACAAGCAAGAGACCGAACUUCAUUUUCCAGAAUCGCGAUCCUACUUUAAAGCAUUAUGGGUCUGGACGAUCUCUUCCACCACUUUGACAAAUCCGAGUACACUGCCCGGAUGAAAUCAAGCACGGACAAUGAGCUUGUCCAGAGAGAUGUCGUAAAGACCCGUCAACAUCUCACAGCAUACUUCAGCGGAGGAACAUAUUUGGGAAUGGCCAUUCCAACUUGCGGCGCAUCACUCAUCAUGGCACCAUUAACAGCUCGAAGAUACUAUAUCUCUAGGCAGAAGCUUAAGAUCGUACAAGCCGAGCUAGAGCGCCGCAAUAUUCCCCUGUACGAGACCCGGAAACGUGACGUCGCUAUAUCCGCCCUCACCGGGACCAUCGGCCUCGCAGUCGGCAUAGCGACGCUCGGUGUCACCGACGGCUUGACAGACAGUCUCACAUUCACGUCUUUAGGGAAUUCGGGGGCUUCGGGGGCUUCGGGGGCUUCAGCCAUUGAUGCUUUAUCUGCAGACCCAUUCAGUGCGGUAGGCGAUGCCGUGCAAGGGGCGGUCGCGCAAUUCCAGGAGGUUAGCAUCAAUAUCACAGGAGACACCAUGGGCCAGACCAUCCUGCCUGAAGGUCAAAUAGUUGAGUUGCAUGACCUUGAGACCGGAGCAACAGCCGACAUGAUCGUCGCAACGCCGGAAGUGGCUGGCGCAUGGAAUAUGGGUGUCCACUUGGCGCAGUCGGCUGAAAAGGCCUUGGCGCAGUCGGCAUUCUUGGACGCGGCGGGGUCGGCCUUGGUCAUGGAAGCCGUUGCAGGAUAUGGAAAAAGUAGGGGACGAUGUUGUCCUCGCCUUUUGGGUGUAUUUGGUGCCAUGAACUGCGACUGUUGUGGAGAGCACAUCGGGAAGAGGCAGUACCAUCAUUGCUGCCUGUGUGCAAGCGAUGAUUUCGACCUUUGCCAAGCCUGCUAUUCAAAGGGCUCGAGAUGCCUAUCUGCUUCUCAUGACAUGACCCUAUUACAACUUGCCACGAACCAAGACCUAUCGUCAGAGAUGCCUAUCGUCAACUUGUAUCCGAAUUGGAAACACGAAGCUAUUGAGUUUGUCACACGUUCCCAACUUUCAGGUGGAGAAUAUACACUAUUUGGAUGUGACCAUUGUGGGGAGGCUAUACGCCAAGGUAACUGCUAUCACUGUUUCCAUUGCGGGAACUAUGACUCCUGUGAAAGGUGCUACAAAGACGGUUCCAGCUGCGGGACUAUAGAUCACGUCCUCACGGCUCUUGUCUGCGCAGUCGACUGCUCAUCUCAUCGGUAUUGGGUCAGCGACUGCCGAAGGUCCGAGGGCAUGUGCCCUGGAAUACAAUGCAGUAGUUGCCACCAGCUGGUCACCCAAGGCCGAUACUAUCAUUGCUGCAACUGCGAUGGAGACGACUUUGAUAUUUGCCAUGCCUGCUACAAGUCAGGUGAGAGAUGCAAGAAUCCCACACACCAUACAUUACAGUUACAUCUGGGGGGCAACGACCGCUUUCUUCUGGAGUACCCCGAGACAUGUGCAAGGCGUAAGUAUACCCUCCAGUCUUCUACCGUUUAUUGUGAUCAUUGUUCGGAUAAGAUUACUCGAGGAAGUUUCUAUCACUGCUGUAAAUGUGAGGAGAAUUAUGACG